AUGACCUCGUUACGAGAAAGCAUCGGCGUCGUCCCGCAAGACCCCGUCCUAUUCAACCCUUCCAUACUUGAGAAUCUGCGGUACGCUCGACCACCAGCUACAGAUGAGGAGAUCCAAGAUACAUGUCGCGCUGCAGCUAUCCACGAGAAGAUCUUGACUUUUGUAGAUGCGUACAACACUACGGUUGGAGAAAACGGUGUCAAGCUAUCUGGUGGAGAAUUGCAGCGAAUAGCCAUUGCUCGAGUCUUCUUGAAGAAGUCACCAGUUCUUCUCUUGGAUGAGGCUACUAGUGCUGUGGAUUCGGAGACUGAGUCUGAGAUUCAGGCUGCUCUUGACCGCUUGAGAGCAAGACGAACUACCUUUGUUAUUGCCCAUCGGCUUUCGACUGUUGUUGGCGCGGAUAUGAUUCUUGUUUUACAGGAGGGAGAGAUUGUAGAAAGUGGUUCACACCAGGGGCUGGUCAAUAAGGGUGGAAGAUAUCAGACUAUUUGGGAAAAUCAGAUUGGUGGUGGCAAAAUCAAUAAAGCACUAUAG